AGCGUGUGUGGAAAUACUGUCAGUCGUGGAUAGUCGCACUGAGACUGAGUUCAUACUUUUCAUGGGAAUAAUAAUCUGAACUCUGGCCGCUUGUUAUUAUUUCGUCAGAGUGCCGUGUGAAGCCACCGCCAGAACAUCAUGUCAAGACAACUUAAUGCGCACAGAACAGAUGGCGUCAAGAAGAAUGUAUGGGUGGAAUUUUCUAAACUUGCUGCAGACUACAAAGCUGUGAACCUCGGACAAGGAUUCCCGGACUUCUCACCACCUCGAUUUAUUCAGGAGGCGUUUUGUAAAGCAGUGAGUGGAGGACCAUCCAUGCACCAAUACACUCGAGCCUUUGGCCACCCUCCUCUUGUAAAAAGUCUGGCUAAAUUCUUCAGCAGGAUUGUGGGACAUGAGAUUGAUCCUUUUGAGGACAUCCUGGUCACAGUAGGGGCGUAUCAGGCACUCUUCUCUGCGUGUCAGGCUCUGGUUGAUGAAGGAGAUGAGGUGAUCAUCAUCGAGCCGUUCUUUGACUGUUACCGGCCAAUGGUGGUAAUGGCUGGAGGCAAGGCAGUAUAUGUACCUCUGAGGCCGAAAAAGGAGAGCGGUGCUGUCCUGUCAAGUGGAGACUGGGUUCUUUCUGCUGAGGAGCUGGCCAGCAAAAUCACUCCACGCACAAAAGCCAUCAUUAUCAACACUCCCAACAACCCGUUAGGAAAGGUUUACAAGACUGAAGAGCUCCAAAUGAUCGCAGAUCUGUGCAUCAAACACGACUUGCUGUGCAUUAGCGACGAGGUAUACGAGUGGCUGACUUAUGACGAAGCCAAGCACGUAAAGAUAGCUAGCCUCCCCGGCAUGUGGGAUCGAACCAUAACGAUCGGCAGUGCUGGAAAGACUUUCAGUGCCACUGGAUGGAAGGUGGGCUGGGCUAUUGGCUCUGCACAUGUCAUGAAACACAUACAAACCAUCCACCAGAACACGGUUUAUGACUGUGCAACAGCUGCUCAGGAGGCAGUAGCUCAUGGAUUUGACAGAGAGUAUGAGCUGUUUGGGACUCCAGAGAGCUACUUUCAGCAGCUGCCUGACAUUCUGCAACACAAGAGGAAGAAGCUGGCCUUGUGUCUGGAGAGUGUAGGUUUGCAGCCCAUCAUGCCAGAGGGAGGCUAUUUUAUGAUCGCAGACAUCUCCUCUGUCAAGAUGGACAUCAAUGACGAAAGCACCAAGGAUGAAGCCUAUGAUUUCAGAUUUGUGAAAUGGCUCACUAAAGAAAAGGGUUUAGCAACAAUCCCCGUCUCUGCUUUCUACAGUCCAGAGCACAGCAAGGAGUUUAACAAGUACAUCAGAUUCUGCUUUGUCAAGGAAGACUCCACCCUGGACGCAGCAGCGGACAUCUUGAGAAAAUUGUCCAUGAAGUGAAACAUCAUCCAUCCAUUCAGAUCUCAAGAAGCUAGUUAAAAGUACUUGACUUGGUCUGACUGAUGAGUUCAGUCAUCAUCCUUAUUUCCAAGAGUAUGUCCCCACAUUAGCUGUAUUACAGUCCUUGUAAUACAGCUAGGAAUAACACUCAGGAUUUGGAGAAAAAUAUUUCUGUGAUUUUUCCCUUUUUGUUUGUUAAAUGAUUUUGUCUAUUUAAACUGUGUUUGCAUUGUAAGUACAGCAUUACGGUUAAAUGAUAAAUGUGUUCAUUCAUUGUGUCGUUUUUGGGGUUUAAUGUGAGUAAAACAACACGCGUAAACUCUAUGACAAUAUAAACGUUGAGUCAGUAUGUGUUUUAUUCAUAGAUUUACCGUAAAAAGAAAUAAAUCAUCAUGUGGACUAGCAGGUUCAGUAGAACUUUU